AUGACUUCAUUUAUCAACAAUAACAUUUUAUCUCGCGAAGAAUACAUCGCUGCUUAUAAGUCAAGAAAUGCCACCGACUUUUUAAAUUAUCGUGAAAACAUCCUCUCCGGUUUACUUGGGUUGUAUAAACAUCGUUUGUUCCCAACUCAACUUGAAGCAUUACGUGAACGUUUCGAAGUGUCCCUUCAAGAACUGGUCAACGCAACACCCCACGAUAUUGAAAUCUUGGAACAAGAUUAUAGUUCACUCGAACAUGAUGAUCACGUCCUUACUCUUGAGGAACAAAGGAAUAUAGUCAUGAGAGCUCAUUUUGAAUACGCUUUUCAAAGAUUAAGAGAGAAUGUUCAAAUGGUGGUUAAUAGUACAAUUUAUUUGCCUGCUGUAUCUGCUCGUAUUUAG